AUGUUUACUGAACCAACAGGAUAUCAACCAUUAUAUCCCGUAAAUGUGGUGGCGUCAACUUACUCAGAUGAAACUGUUAUUGUUAGAUUAUCAAAUAAAUAUUCAUGCCCAAAUGCACCAAAUAUAUUUGCUAUUAGAAUAAUAUAUCAGAAUGGCACAACUAGUGGAUUCAAUUUGGCGAAUUUCACUUUCCCAGAAUUAAAUUUUUGUCCAAUUGAUCGAAUCGAUAUUUUUUCAUUGCCAGGGGUACAAUUAGGAUCACCAAUUAGCCUUGAAAAUAUUAAUAAAUUUCAAACAAGACUUGUCACAUCAAAAUUUACAUCAAAUUCAAAUGAAAUUAUACUGUCUGCAAUAUUUAAUCAAUCAGUUAUUCAAUGGAUAAAAUUAGAUUGGGAUAGUAAAAGUCAAAAAUUGAAUAAAAAUUCAGAUGGAGAAAUCACCCCCACAAAUGAAGAACAAAUAGAUGACCUUGAAUUGUUUUCAACAAUUGGUGGAGGUUAUGGAAUACUUUUUUCAACAAGUCUAAAGAUUCAAUCAACAUUUCCCACUAAUCCAACUAGUUUUGAUAGUUUUACUAAACCUCAAUCACUCAUUUAUUUUUCAAAAAUUUUACCAAAUCAAAUAAAAUCUACGAAUUCCACACUAGUUUAUCAUAAUGCCAUUCCGCAAACAAGACUUGUGAUAGGGUCGUGUCAGGCAUCUUUAAAUGGAAACAUAGGGAAUAAAUGUUCAGUAAAUGGUGGAAAUUCAGUACUUAAGAAGGAUUUUUGGCUUAUUAUUUCUUUUUAUUCCACAGGAUCUGUCAAAGAAUAUAAAGAUUUACCAGGAUUUCAAGUUGUAUAUAAGGAAUCCUUACCAUAUCAUGUUAAAUUUAAUCAAAGUUUUGGAUUGUAUAGUGGGGAUUUUUUGAUGACAGGAGCAAUUAGCGCGACUAAUAAUAUUACUGGAACGAUUUAUGAUGAAAAUGGAAAUUUUAUAAAAGAAUGGGGAUUGCCGUCGCUUGAAGGAUAUAAUUUUGAUAUUUUAAAGAAUAAUACAGUAGUGGCCACUUUACCUGAGCAAGAUAAUAGUGGAAAAUCGUGGUAUAUUUAUACUACAGAUGAUUUAUCUUCAUCAUUGGUGAAGCAUAAUGAUAACAUAUACAAGAAUUUGAAUAUUAAAUCAACUUUUCCGCCUAUAAAUUCCACGAUACCACUUCGUACAGCAUCAAUUAAUAUAACAUUUCAAGGACCAGUUGCACUUUCCAAUCUAUUGCGUCAAAUAUUUGAUGGCACUUCAGCUUACUGUAAAACUUCAAAAGAUGGAUUAUUGGUGACUAUUGAUGUAUUUUUAAGCACGUUUAAUCAACCACAAAGUGAAUACUAUGUACAAGUUGAUGGGAAUUUUGUAAAAGACAAAUCAUUUGAUGAACCACUAUUAGAGAGUAUAAAUAUUUUAUUGAGUCUUACACCCAUUGCAACCUUGGAAUUUGAAAGUUUUACUGAUAAUCAGAUAAUAGAAUACUUUACUAAUUUAACUUUAGCAUUGUCUGGUUCCAUUCCAAUUGAAGUUGAAAGGUUUAAAAUAAAUCCAAAAUGGCAAUAUGAUGGAAUGAAAGAGCCUAAACAAAUAUUAUUUUCAAUGGAAAUCUUGUCAACAUCAAACCUAUCAGAGCCUAACUCCAAACAAGUAUUUAAUGAUUUUGAAACAAUGUUGAAAUUAAAAAAUCAAACUAAAUUAAUACAAUAUGGGAGUAUAAAUUGGUUAGAUGAAAAUCAUGGAGUUGUUAUAAUUAGAUAUAUUUGGGAAGAAUAUAGAUAUCAAAUAGCAGGUUUUAUAUGUGCUUUAUUUAUGUUAUGUGUAUUAGGAAAUAAUAUGGCAUUAUUUAAAUUUAUUUUGAUAAUGGCAGAUUUUACAUUAGAUAUUUUAUUUAUAAUAUAUAAUGGUAAAGAUGUACCAAGGUUGUUUUUUCCAAGUAAAGACAAUAAGUUUAUAACGAUACUAUUUAUGAUAUUUGGAUAUGUUGAUUUAGUUUCUUUAGAAUUAUUCGAUUCUAAAUCAGCAAAUCAGAAAAUUUUUCAGGCUAACUUUACACCAAUAGCAAAAAAUUUAAUUUAUAUUGGAAGUUUAAUUGGUUUGAUGAUUGAAGAUGCAGCUCAAUUGACUAUUCAGGUAAAACAUAUGAUUGUAUUCGUAGUAUUAGAAAAAGAUCGUGGUAUAGACCACAAUCCAAUCAACUGA